AUGAGUCUCGUUGACAUGUUGCGAUUCAACGCCACUGAUAUGUUCAUCAAGACUUUUGACAGCAUCGCUGACGACUACCCCAUCGACAAUAACAAUCUGUUGAGGCAAGCUGCACACUACAACAAUGUGACUGUAUUCAAUCAUCUGAUCAGUAGAAUGAAGAUUGAAGCCACUUGUGUUGAGUUCGAUGUGAUGUUCAGAUAUGGCAACUUGUACAUUCUUCAGUCCUACCUCGCAGCCACAGGCCACCGCCUGUUACCCCAAGCUAGCUCUAUGAGAAACCUUCCAUUGGCUAUUGACUCGGGCAAUGUGGAGUUUGUUCGUCUGCUCCUACAACACUUCACUGUCGUCGGUGAUGAUGAAGACAACCGAAUCGGAUUAAGGCAUAGUUUAGAGCGACGUGGUAUCCGCCUUGCCAUGCUCCGUCUGCUACACGAGGAGUUCCACAUUCUGUUUGAUCUGACUGAGCUCUGGCAGGCUGCACUCCUGCACUCGACCAGGUGUAACAUUAUUGACAGUGUUCAAUACAUUUUGGACAACAUGCCAUCCAGGGCCCAGAUACACUUUCCUGUGCAGCUGCUCUCAAAGUGUCUUCAGAAAUGUGCCAAGUCUGGCAACAUCGACAUGUUCCAAUCAUUCAUCAGUACAUCUUUUGGCGCAGAGUACCUCACCAACGGGAGGGAUAUCAAGAAUAUCAUUGACGCGGCGAAGGACAAUGGACAAGAGACAUUCAUCAAGCAUCUGCUCCAACAUCACUUUGGCAAUGGCAACAUCUCGCAGAGUUGUGAGAAUCAGGUACUCAAUCUCUUGGGAUUACCCCGAUCGGCCAGUGGCAGUGGACCAACGAAUGUGAGCCUGGCCACCGCGAGGCUUCAACUUAGACCAUUGACAGCACUACACAUUGAGAACAUGGCAGCGCUCGAGACACUCAUUGAUCAGAUUGAUGAUUUGGGACCAUUGAUGUGUCAAGGGAUGUCCCACAAGAUGGCAACCUUCAUCUCAAGUCCUCGCGCAACCCCGCUGAACUUCAAGAAUAGCUCACUCGCCAACAUGAUCACGGCCGUUGGCAGGAAAGGCAGCAAAAUCACUGCCGACAUUGUUCUCCAGUUCAUUGCCAAUUGCAAUCAUCAAUCACCUCGUUCACUUGAUUUGGCAAUGAGGGCUGCUGCAGGCUACUCAGCUUUAGUGAUGAAGGAGCUUUAUACCCGCUUCAAUGUGCCCUACCAAGGUGUUUCCAAGGCGUUGGAGAGCAGAUGUCGCGAGACAUUUGAGUUUCUCUUUCAAAACGCUAGCGACACCAAGUACCUUGAUCGCCAUGAUGCCAAAGUGUCAGCAUUUAUAUAUGUUGCCCACCCAUCAACAUCAUUGUCUGAUGUGAAACUCAUUCUCAAUCACCUGGACUACGUUAGAAGUUGCGUUAGGUUGUGUGUGUGUGCCGCAAGCAAUCCUCACGUGGAAGUGUUUGAAUAUGUGAUCAAUCAGUUCACUCGCGAGCAACUCAAUGACAAGGAGAUUGCAAACAUCAUUUACCAAGCACUGGUGAAGGACAGGAUCGACAAUGUCCGAUUGCUAGAACGUUUGUUUGAUCAUGACAAGACCAAGCCAUUGCUUAGACCAACGCUGGAGACGUUGAACUCAAUGGCUGAACACAAUUGCUAUCGCACGAUGGAGCACUACUUCAACUCGAAGACAUUCAUCGACAAGUCAUGUGUACACCAAUUAGGAGUACUCCACUCGAUCCUCAAAAUUGGUUACCAACAUGACUUUCCUCGACUGAUCAUGAUGUGCACUGAUCAGAUCAAGUUGCGAACGCUCUCAGUCCAUCAAUUUGUAAAGUCCAAAACUCUGAUUGAUCAAGGACUCCAUGUUUAUCAAGCAAUAUCAUCAUUAUCAAUGGAGACAGCAUUCCACACAGUGUUCAGAGACACCAAGCUUGGUAUGAUGGUCAUGGAACAGAUUGGACGUGUUCACAAGUCACUUGGAAUCAAUGACAAACAUUUGAUCAAAGGAUCACAGUUGAUUGACAGACAUUGUUUAAUUGAUUACAUCAAGUAUGGUGCCACUGAAUGGUUCCUCAAGUACUACUCUCCAUCAAAUGUUGUGGGCUAUAUCAUGCAGGGUGGAGCCUCAACAUUGUUGCAAGUCGCUAUGUCCAAGUGUGACACUCGUGCGGUCGAGGUACUUCUGGCCAACCCAGAGAUAAGGCUCACUGAUGAACAGAGUAGGUUGAUUUUCAAGCAUAUAUCAUCAUGCACCCAUCCACAAUGGGAGACUAUGUUUGAUCAAUAUGCCUCGUCCUUGUCCACUAUUGAAUUAAGGGAAUCGGACAUGGCAUUGGUCAGACAUCCAUCUUUCCUUCGCAAACUCAUUCAACAUGGCGCCAAACUCCCACUUCUUCAUUCACAAGAAUACUUCGACUCGAUGAUCGGCAACAAUGGUUGGUUGAACAAACAAUGGGCAUUGGAGAUGCUCCAGUUGAUGGACCAACGAUUAAUCAUCUCACCCUACUUCCAUACCCAUAUACUUGACAAGUCGAUGGAGCAUAACCUGGCACAGGUCAUCCAAUUCUAUCUUGGACAAGAUUCGAAUAUUGUUCAAAGAUUGUUGGAUGCCAAAAACUCGGAUUUUAAUUGUUGCUCUUUGAUCAAUCUAUGUUGCAAACAUGGUCGACAGGAUUAUCUGGACAUAUUAUCAAAUACAAUUGUAAGGCACGAGCCAGAGUCAUUCAGGGAUCUCGACGAUCUGAGAGAUUAUUUCACACUGGCGGCACAGAAUGGACAUUUGGGCAUGGUCGAGCGAAUGCACUCACAUUGUAUGAAGGCCAUGGCCAAGGAUACCUGCUAUAGAGACUCAAUGGACAUUGUAAACCAAGACUUAAUGUCUGAAGUGUUCGAGAAAGGACAUUUGGAUGUGGCCAACUUCAUACUCACCGCCCUGUCAUCACAGCCAGACUUGCCAGUGGAAUAUAACAUUGACAAAAUUCAUCCUUCAAUCAAAUCAACUGACUUGAUUGAUCGACUGAAGGCACUUCCCUACAUCAACUUGUCAGUGUCCCUCCAAAUGCCCGCUGAGCAGCCAGACGCCAACACCCCAGAGGAUCUCAAGAAGGCUGCAGAGGUUGGCAAUGUGGACAAUAUCAGGACCAUAUUGAGCAAAGACACAGCGACCAGAAUUCUCAAUUCCAGUCAUCUUGGCUCUUUGAUUGAUCGAGUUGGCUUGCCUGGAAGCAUGGUGACGGAAGAUUUGAUCAUUGAGUUUGCCAAGCAUUUGGACCAAUCCGAGGAGCAAUUGGAACCAAAGAAGUUGGCCAAGUUGUUAACCAGUGCUGCAUCAAAGUCACUCACUCUGAUCAAGUUGAUCAUGGAGCAAUACUCAAAGGACUAUUACACAAAUCCAAACAGUGCGGUUCAUUUGAUGCUUGGCAGUCAAUGUUUCCACAUGGUCGUUGAGGCUUGUAUCAAUCGAGGAGACAAUGAGGCAUUGGAGUAUCUGGUUCAAAUCGCUCAAAGAGUUUGCAACAAGAGGUUGUAUUAUGGAAUGGAGGAUGAUCACAGAUUCCCAGACUAUAUCAGAUUGGAACUAUUUUGCAACACAUCAGCACUCAAUCAUCUGUUUGACCAUGGACAUAUCAGUGUGGAUGAUGUCAAAUCUGAUGCCCUUGUGCAUUUGAUCGAUCGGGCUUGUGAGAAUGGCAGGUUGGACAUCAUACGAGUUGUCCAUCAGCGAUGCACCACACCAACACAACUCAAAAGACAUCUUCCAUCAAUGAAGGCCAUUUACUAUGCAUCAGACAGCAAUCAUCACAAGGUACUCAGUUACUUGUUUGAAGGCGAUGUUGAUGUUGGUGUUGAUGGUCCACUUCCUAGAUCACAGUCAGCAUUUCAAAGAUCAGUGAUCCAGAUGAACAUGACCAUGUUGCUCAGAGUAGUUCGUCGUCAUUCCUGUUUGAAUGGAAAUCUUCGCAUCAUCAACAUCCCACCACGAUCAGUUUGA